GAUUAGCUUGGAAUAGCAACAGUGAACACAGUCACCCUUGCUUAUAAUUUAUGACUUUUGCAUUCUAAAGCAACCCACAUCCAAAGGAGAUCAUUCAUCGGACUUGCUUAUCCACUUAAGAUAUAUAUAAUGGCUCGUGUAGCAGUCUUACUCUUAGCUCUCGUUGUGUGCGUAAGCGCCAACCCAAUGGUCAAGAGACAAGCAUGUGGAUUUGGUUGUGCUCCACCAUCUUGCUCGUACGGAUGUCCAACAAUGUGCUGCGCUCCUCCCCCUCCUCCCCCACCCCCACCACAGAUGGUCAACCACGUGACCCACGUCCACCACCAUAACAUCCACCACCAGGCUCCUAUGGCCCCUGCCAUGCCCGCCCCACCCAUGCCAGCACCUCCACCAGCUGUUGUCCAGAGCCAGCAACACGUCUGGGAAUACGUCCCACCACCACCAUGUGCCCCACCAUGUGCCCCAGCCAUGCCCAUGCCCAUGCCUAUGCCCGUGCAAGCCCCAUGUGGAGGACCAUGCGCUCCAGCUGCCAACCCAUGUGCCCCAAGCUGCUCACCAAUCUGCUGCAAGAAGCGAUCUGGAUAAAACGUUUUACCCUUGACACUUGACGUGACAAAAUACAAAUUAUGCGACAAGACUUUGAAAGCCUUUUGGCUUAAAAAUGCUUGGCGCAUUUGUACAUUGCAUUUGCUAAGAGCGAAUUUAGAAAGAGCUUGUAAGAGCUACACGAUGGUUGUCUGGUGUGGACACUUUUUUCAAGUACAUAAUGUAGUUUUAUUACGAUACAAAGAAACACUAAACCACCGUAGUCGUGCUGCUCUAGGCACGUCAUAGUUUGAUAUUGUGACAAUAUACAUGACUGUAUGUAACACGACUGUGUAAUAAAGUGAGUAGUAGAAGUUCAAA